GCCAAUAGCAUUGCAAGAAUGACAGUUAAUUUCGUUAAAAAUACAGAGCACCCAAUGGACUCGGCUAUAGCAGAGUACUCUGAGAGAAGCCAAGAAAAGCAGGCCCACGAAAUUUUCAUGAUUUCAAUGUGCUUUUCUCAUAAUUCAAGCACAGGCAUUCUCUUCCAACUCCCAAUUCACUGCAAUGGCGAAGAAGAGAACAACAGAUAGGCAAAAGACAAGGAAGAAGAAAUUACACCUAAUUGAUAACAUACCAAAUUACACAAAGCAGCCUAGGAGCCCCGCACCUAAACGCCGUUCUGAUUUCUCUUCCUUCUUCUCCUCCCCUUCUUCUUUUAUCUCCAAUUCAGGUCCCCUUAGACAUGGUUUGUUCAGUAUCACGAUCAGUAGUUCGGAUAAAACUACAGUUCAGGAAAAAGAAUUGCCUGAGCUCCCUAUAGUUCGGUGCAGAAAUUCUGCAGAUAAAAAAUCAAAACUGUUAUCUGAUUUAUAUGAAAAUGCAGUUAUAAAAAUCAAAUCAGUUGCCCAACAUACAAUUGUUGAUCACUGCAGUGAUAGUUAUCAGACAAGUUUCAUGACAAUGGAAUCUACCCCCGAGAAAUCACAAGUUACAGAAAGCACUAGCUUUUGUGUAACUCCAGGAAAUGUUGUGUGGGCAAAAAUGGACUGCCAAAUUUGGUGGCCUGCUGAAAUAAUUGGAGAAACAUCCUCUGAAGCUGAUUCAAGAAGCAAAGGUAUUGAUGGCCAUGUUCUAGUACAGUUUUAUGGCAAUUACAGAAGUGCUUGGGUUGAUCCAGCUAGAGAAAUUUCACAGCUUGAGGAUUGCUUUGAAGAAAGGAGCAGUAACACUAUGGACACAUUUCAAGAUGCUUUAAAACAAGCUUUAAAAAGAAAGGAAUAUCUAAGUGUACAUAGGCAAUUACUUGGAAUCCCUGAUGGUUCCGAUCACCCUUAUCAGCAAGAUCAAUCAUCUGAUAAAUGGACUUCAUCAAUUUCUAGUAGAACAGAAUGCAAUUUCCUUAAAAGAAGAAAGGGCAAGAAGAAACAAAAACCUAAAAUUUGCUUUGACGAAGUUGUGUUUCCUUUAAGAUCUGCCAGAAAGGUUCGCCGGUUCAGGAUAAUGCGGUACCUUGGCCUUGUAGCUCCUAUAGGUUCCUUUUGCUGUUAGGUCUUGAAACUUGGAAAUCUUGUUUUGUGUUACAGCAUCUCUGAGAAUAUUUGGGGCUAUUGUCUGUUUUAGCUGGUUUAUGUAAUUAAAUUGUGGCGCUUGUGUCCUCUAUCUCUCAUUUGCUGUCAGGAACAUGUUACUUCCUUUUGGUCUUGUAUCUGUCUCCAAGUUCUCCCACUUAAUAGUGUAUGCCCUAGCCUUGGAUUGAUUAUCUGA